AUGCCCCGAGCCCCUCUCCUUCGCGUUCCCUACACCGAUCCCCUUCCGGCGCCUAGGAUCAUUCCCGCGAGCGCGACGACGGCCAGCGGUGCUAUUAGUGCUUUGGUCGACUUUCUGUCGCCUUCGUUAUCCAAGUCUACUACACCUUCGAGGGCUCUUCAGUCGAGACUCUCCAGCCGGCUCGACCGUGGAGAGAAUGUUGGCAACACGCUGCUGCUUACUGGUGCUGGCAUCUCGGUAGCUUCUGGCUUGGCCGACUACAGAGGCACAAAUGGCACGUAUACGCUGAAUAAGACGUAUCGACCGGUGUAUUUUCACGAAUUCUGCGACAGCCAUGAGGCGAGGAAGAGAUACUGGGCGAGAAGUUUCCUAGGCUGGACGAAUCUAGAGAAAGCGAAACCGAACAAGGCGCAUGAGGCUUGUGGAGAGUUGGGACGAAUGGGUGUGGUUGGGAGUGUAAUUACCCAGAAUGUAGACUCCUUCCAUCCAAAGGCGCACCCGCAGCUUCCUACCAUCGAGCUACACGGCUACCUGCGUAACCUCGUCUGCCUGACCUGUCGCAACGAAUACUCGCGCCGUUCAUUUCAAGACCAACUCUCUACUUUGAACCCCUCAUGGGCUGCCUUCCUCGCCGAAAUGAUCGAGUCGGGCGCUCUAGAUACUGAGAACCCUGACGAGCGUCGGAAGAAAGGGCUCAAGUCGAAUCCAGAUGGUGACGUCGAUGUUCCGGAUGCUCCAUAUACCACGUUCAGAUACCCACCAUGUCCAACUUGCUUGGAGAAGCCACCAAAGCGUGCAGACGGAGGCACAGUCCGCGUAAAAGUUGACAAAGAUGGCGCAUGGGAUCCCGCGAGCGAAGGUGGGGUGCUCAAACCAGCUGUCAUUAUGUUCGGCGAGUCUAUACCCGCCGCCACCAAGGUCGCUGCCGAGGAGGCUGUCGAUGCCGCCGGUAGGAUACUAGUCAUUGGCAGUAGUCUUGCGACAUACUCUGCGUGGAGGCUAGUCAAGAAGGCAAAGGAGAUGCAAAUGCCAAUUGGAAUAUUGAACAUGGGCGGUGUCCGAGGCGAAGAAACCUUCUUUGGAGACGUUGAAGACACGAAUACCGGCCGGGAAGCAGCCCGCUUAAGUGAGAACGCUGAGAAGGUAUUACCGCAGGUAGUGAGGAUAUUGCAGGAGAUGAAGGGAAGCAGGUAG